GGAAAAAGACACCCAACUAAACCCUAGCCUCCGUCCCCAACCUCCACCGCCGCUCCCGCCCCCGAACUCCGCCGCCGCCUCCGCCAUGCGGCCGCUCGACGAGAAGGAGACCACGCAGGUCUUCGAGAAGCUCUUCAAGUUCACCGGCCCCAACCUGAAGCACCUCCUGGAGCGGCCCUCGGUGGAGGGGCCCGACCCGGAACCCGGCCGCUACUGCCUCCGCCUCCACAAGAACCGCGUCUACUACGCCUCCGAGUCCCUCGUCCGCCGCGCCACUGCCGUGUCCCGCACGCGCCUCGCCGGGGUCGGCACCCCCAUCGGCAAGUUCACCCACGGCGGCGCCUUCCACCUCACCGUCCACGCGCUCGACCUCCUCGCCGCCCACGCGCGCCGCCGCGUCUGGCUCAAGCCCGACACGGAGCGCUCCUUCCUCUUCGGCAACUCCGUCCCAAAGUCCGCGCUGGCGCGGAUCACCGAGAACACCAAGUCGGGGGACGGCGUCGUCGUCAUGUCCAUGGCCGACGUGCCGCUCGGGUUCGGUGUCGCCGCCAGGGGCGCGCAGGACUGCAGGAAGGCUGAUACCAACGCCGUCGUCGUGCUGCACCAGUCUGACGCCGGCGAGUACCUCCGCAAGGAGGAGGAGCUCAUGUGAGGUGUGGCAUGUCUGCAGUGCUGAAAGAUGUGCUUCCUCUGUACCCAGCGAUACCUGUGCGGUUCUUCCACCAUGUUGGAUCGUGCAGUUUUUCCGCCUAGUGCGAGCAAAAGAUGGAAUCCGAAAAGCGGAAGCCUCGUCUCUGUCAAAGUAUCCUAGUAGAAAAGUUUGGUUCUCAGGUAGUUAUCAGGCUGUACUCAAUUGCUUGUGGUGAAUCAUUUGAACUUCCAGAGUAUGGUCGACCAAUCAUUCACCAAAGAUCCUGUGCCAGGAUGUACGAAAUCAUCUCACUAAGAUAAACCAAUACUGCAACACUCUGAUGUAAGCUAAACCAAUACAUUUUGUUAGUAAGCUCUUGUGAUGUAUGUUCUCUGCAACUGCAAUAUGAACGGUUGCUCUUGCUCCGAUGCUUUUCUACGUUC